CAAUGGUGGCAGAAUUAAAAAUUUACCAUUGAAAAGUAGAAUAGUUAAAAAAGAUUUAUCAAGAUCAGAAAUACAGAAAGCUAUUCAAUUUGGACAACCAAGUUUGCAGAAAAUAUCGAAACCAAUCGAAACAAUCGGUGAACGAAACCGAAAUGUAAUCGAUAAUAGUGGUGGUGAUGGUUCAAAUUUGAUGACAGAUUCUAUGAAUGAAUUAUCACAACCUGUAAAACGUUCACCAUGGAUGAACAAAGCUCAAUCAUCUCCAAUUGUUGAUAGUGAUGAAGAAGAUGAUGAAGACGAUGUUGGUAGUGAAGUUGAUAUCAGUGAUAAUGAAAGCGUUAAUAAACUGAGAAGAUUCAAACGACCAUUGGUGGACGAUAAAAAAUUUGAUAUGAUUAACAAAUUGGAUAAAGGAUCAAUAGGCGUUUCAGGACAAUUUGGCGAAACUAAACUUGGUGAUGGAAAAAAACCACAAUCAAAAGUAUCUAAUGGUGGUGGUGGUGGUGGUUGGGGAGAUUCAAACGAAUACGAUGAUUUCGAUGAAUCGGCUGAACCUGCAGUAAAAAAACCGAAACCGAUAGAAAAUGGUGGUGGUGGUUCUAUCAACUUUUCAGGUGAAUCUGAUGAAACUAAGCCUGGUAGCCAAAAUCAAUUGAAACCAAAAGUUCCUCGUGAUAUUAGUAGUGGUGGUGGUUCAGAAGAAUCCGAUGAAUCAGACGAAGACGACGAAUCUACCGGACAAAUAUCGAAAUCUAAAGUAUCUGGCGACACUAUCCGAAAACAACCGAAAUCAAAAGUUCCUGGUGACUUCCAGUUUGACGAAUCCGAUGAAUUGGCUGAACCUGCGUUAAAAAAAUUGAAACCAAUAGUAUCAGAUGGUGGUCGUCCUAUGGACAUUUUAGCUGAAUCUGAUGAAACAAAAACUGAUGGUCGAAAACAACAGCAAUUUAAAAUUCCUGGUGCUGGUGAUUCAUACGAAUUUGAUGAAUCAGACGAAAAGGUUGAAACAGUUGGAAAAAAACCGAAAUCUGGUGGUCCAAUCAGCAUUUCAGCUGAAUCUGGUGAAUCUGGCGAAGCUAAACCUGAUAGCCGAAAACAACCAAAAUCAAAAAUUCCUGGUGCUGGUGAUUCAUACGAAUUCGAUGAAUCAGACGAAGAAGAUGAAUCAGUUGAAAAAAAAUCAAAACCUGGUGGUCCAAUCAGCAUUUCAGCUCAACCAGUUGAAACUAAACCUGGUGGUCAAAAACAAUCAGAAUCAAAAGUAACUGGUGGUCGUCCUACAAGCAUUUCAGCUGAAUCUGGUGAAUCAGGUGAAUCUGUCGAAACUAAACCUGAUAGCCGAAAACAACCAAAAUCCAAAAUUCCUGGUGCUGGUGAUUCAUAUGAAUUCGAUGAAUCAGACGAAGAAGAUGAAUCAGUUGGAAAAAAACCAAAAUCUGGUGGUCCAAUCAGUAUUUCAGCUGAAUCUGGUGAAUCUGUCGAAACUAAACCUGAUAGCCGAAAACAACCAAAAUCCAAAAUUCCUGGUGCUGAUGAUUCAUAUGAAUUCGAUGAAUCAGACGAAGAAGAUGAAUCAGUUGGAAAAAAACCAAAAUCUGGUGGUCCAAUCAGUAUUUCAGCUCAACCAGUUGAAACUAAACCUGGAGGUCAAAAACAAUCAGAAUCAAAAGCAACUGGUGGUGGUCGUCCUAUAAGCAUUUCAGCUGAAUCUGGUGAAUCAGGCGAAUCUGACGAAAUCAACCAAAAACAACAACCGAAAUCAAAAGUUCCUGUUGCUGUUGAUGAUUCAUACGAAUUUGAUGAAUCUGAAGAGGGAUCUACGGGAAAAAAACCAAAAACUGGUGGUCAAAAACAACCAGAAUCGAAACCAAUUGGAGGAGGAGGUGCUGCUGGUGGUGGUGGCCCUAUUUCAAUCGAAUCUUAUGAAGAUGACGAGGAGGAAGGGCUUUCCAAAAAACUACCGAAAUCCAAAGGAAGUGGCAUCGCAGUAGGCGGCUCUACUGAUUCUGGAGAAAAAACGCCUGAAUCUAAAAGACCUGGAUCUGGUUCUGAUGAAAUGAAAUCUGUUGUCGAAAAGCAACCGAAAUCGAAAAUUCCUGGUGGUGGUAUUUUUUCAUUCGAAUCCGAUGAAGAUGAAGAUGAAGAAGAUGGUGGUGGCCGUCCUGCCAAAAACCUAAAAAAUCAGAUGAAUCAAAAUCUGUUGGAAAACAAUUUAAACCGAUGAUACCUUCAAUCAGUGAAUCUGAUGAAUCUGGUGAAGCAAUGCCUGAUGGUGGCUGGAAACAGCCUGAAUCGUCGAAACCAAAACCAUCUGUUAGUGUUCCUGUCAGUUGGUCAAAAGAAUCUGGUGGUGGACCAAAAUCAUCAAAAGGUCCUACAUUUUCUAUGGAAGAAUCAUCUGAUGAGUUAGAAGAAUCAUCAAUCGAAUUACAAAAAUUAAAAACAUCACCACCUAGAACUGAUGUAGCGAAAUCUAUCGGUCAAAAAGAGAAAGGUCCUGGUAUUUUAUCUUCAAGUGAUUUCAGCAAAUCUAAAGAAUCAUCAUCAUCAUCAACUAGUGAUGAAAGCUAUGAAGAAGAAUCUGAAGAAUCUUCGAAAGAAAGACCGUCAAGUGGUGGUGGUGGUGGUGGUUUUAGUUUUGG